CAGCUGACCGCCGUGCUGUGCCGUGACUACUGCUGAGUGAGGUGGGAGACCCGUGCUGAGUGCUGGACAGUGAGGCAGAUCCCACCAUGAGGUACUGUAGUGCGUGGUCACUCUCCUGUGCGUCACUCCUCCUCCUCUGCUGGUUCUAUCCAGGGGCAGAGUCGAUAGUGUGUUACCACUGCAACUCGGCGUACGAUCCUCGAUGUGGUGACCCUUUUGACCCUUACUCUCUGGGCAAGAUCAACUGUUCCAUGCAGGCACAGCUGGAACACCUGCCGUUCAUGGAACCCACGGUCUGUCGCAAGAAUGUGCAGAGAGUGUACGGAAAGACACGCGUGGUGCGUAGCUGUGGAUACAUCGAGGACCCUGACCGCGACGGGAAGGCUUGUGUUCAGCGAAGCGGUACUCACGAUGUCCACAUGUUGUACUGCGCGUGUAAGGGCGACAUCUGCAACCCCGCGGCACUCAACUCGCCGAGCACUGCGCUCGCUACGUUCGCUCUUACACUCGUCUACGCCAGCAUGUUAUAACAAACGAACCGCCGUCUCUCUCCUGAUCGUCGUCAGUCAACUGUUUGAAUGCCUGGACGACCUGAUCUCAGAACACAGCACACCAGGGCAGACCUAGCACUGGCCUCGCUUCUAGUUCAGGACACGGUAGCAUCUUCGUCUCGACUCAGUUGACAUGACACCUUUACCUCCACAUUACUAUAGGCAAUAUACUUUAGAGCCUUAAAUUAAAACUAUUUUAAAAAGUAAAUGUUCUUUUCAUUCGUGUGCAAUAAUUUUAUCAGUCGACAACUGCCUUUAGUGUUGUAAGGUUGUUGACAAAUCGCCUUUUCUUUAUAUAGUACAAUGUGGUGUUGCGUUCGUUUUUCUUGUUUGUGAGGAACUCGUGAAAGUUGAGACUCAUUUGUAAUUGUUUGAGUAACGUGAGCUUGUUAACGUCUCCUUUAGAAGCUUGUGUAAUAUAUAGGAAUACAAAUUCAGUAGUUUUAUUAUAGAACAUUGAAUCUUAUUUGAUCCACGCUUCUUUCCCGUUUGAGUUUUGUUUAUUGUUUAGGCGUUUGCCUAUUUAAUCACUGCCAUUGUUGUUAACGUGUUUUACCUUUUAAUUUCAUGGAGUUUCAUAAAUAAAAAAAAAUAGUUUUGAACAUUAAUGGAUCGUCCACUACCGACAAAUCCGUAUUUACCGGCAAUAAAAAUAGUAUAGUUGAAACAAGCUCAUAAAAUGUUGGUUUCGUGUUUCCAACAAAUUUGUUAUAAUUAAAAAUAUUUAUUUGUGUAAGUAUCUGAUAAAUUAUUAAACCAAACAACCAACAGCAACUUGAAUACAUUUUUAAUACAGGUUUUACAUAAUAAUUCCAUAUUGUGGCAUUUUUUUCAAGUAUUGAAACAAAUAUUACUUUAUAUUAGUAAAGUCAUGCAGUUUGCCAGAUAUUAUUAAGUUUUGUUCUGAAGUAAUCAAUUAUUGUUAUUGUUCUUAUUGGUGUGGCUGUAAUAUUACUCAUAAAACGUUCAGUUUUAUUUUGAUGGUAGAAUUUAAGUAAAAUAAAUGUCACUCUAAAGUUUGAGGACUGUGCUACAGGAAAGAGAAGGACAGAUCAAAAUAAAAAUACAACAAGUGAUUAUUUCAACAACUCCGAUACUAUUUGUAGAUAAGAUGCCUUGCCAUACCUCCGCUAUUUUCCUACACAGACUGUAUAUAUUUUUUCAAUCUUAGCUGUAAGAGAGUGUUGUGGCGUGUGUUGCGAAAAUUAUAAUAUCAUCGUGGCUUUAAUGUACAGUUAUUUCAGCAUAUAUCCUAAGCCUGAGGCACAUUAUUGUUACGGUGAAUUAAUAAUAGCUGUUCACUAUGAUUAAUUUUGACUACGUAUUACAUGCCUUGCUCUAAAAUAAUGCAUCAGUUUUUAUUUCGUUUUUUUUAAGCUACUGUGAAGUAUUAAUUCGUAGAUGUCCUGCAAUGUGAAGGUUUUUGUCAGCACUAAAUCUUGUACAUUAAUUAUAUUAUUUCAGUGUAUAAAAGUUACUUGAUAGAAAGUGAGGUUAUCAACAAGGUUUAGCGUUAACUCACAUUAGUUCCAUCAAGUGAUGGUCAAUCAUUUUGGAUUUAUUUACAUUAGUAUAGAACUAAAAAUAUUGUUCGCUAUUAUAAUUGUAAAAUUUUAUUAGAAUCGUUGUUUAAAAUUAGUUUUUUGUUUAAAAGAAAUUAAUAUUUUUAAAAGUUUUAUCAAAGUAAAAGUAGAUUUUAAAAUUAGGAUAGAAGACGUAUUUUUAGAAGAUGCAUUAUUUGCUUAUAAAAUCUAUAAGUAUCAUUAGAGUUCUGUAGUUUAUUGAGGUCUGAAUAAUUUUGUGUAAAACAAUCCAUCCAGUCGCUUUAUUGUGAUUAUUGUUGCUUAAAAUAAUGUGUGUAUUUUCACAUUUUUUCGUAGAUAGCAAGUUUUCAAUAGUUUGUCACAACUCUGGUUUAUUUUUAUAAUACUUUAAGCAAUAUCUUUUAAAUAUACUGGGUUUUUCCAAGAAAAAGUUGUAUUUUGUGCUUGAAGAUUUUCAAUGAACUGUCAAUAAAAUAUUCAUUUACACUGUACGCUAAUUAUUUAUGUUGUGUCUCAAAUUUUCCACGCUUUAUUGUUUGUUAUGGGUUGGGUUUUAUUUACAAACAAAAUUCUUGAAAUUAAAUUAAACAAAAUUUGCUAGCCUUUGUCAAAAUAUUUGGUUAAAAUCCAACUAGAGUACCUUCACACCAAUUUGUUAGGGAGGACAAGGCUAUAUCCAGAUCUAGGAAAACUUUUACAUAUUUUGCGGUGUUAGUUUAGCCAACAAUAUCAAUAUUCUAUGUUACUUAGAAUAACAUUAUGUAAUAGAUAUCAUUAGUCUAAUAAUCACAUCAUUUAUCCUUUUUUUAUUUAUAAAACUAAAAAUAGUUUUACCCUCUUUCUUUUUUUAUUUGUCAUUUGAACAUAAUCUAAUUACUUAGAUAUAAAAAAUGUAUAAAGAUCAAAUUUUGCAAUUUCAAUUAGGAAUAAUAUUUUUGAAUAUAAAUGUUUAAAUAUUUUAAAUACAAUGUACACUUUCUCAAACAGAUAUUCAAUAAUUAAUAAUGUAAUGUAUCCAAAUUGAUCCUUUUUACGUGUUCAGUUGUAUUAUUUCUGAAUGAACUAAAAACCACUACAUUUGAUCAAAACCUUGUUUGAUACAAUUACAGACUAAAAUUGAAACUGUCCACAUCAAGGUAACUAAAAUUUCUAUCUUGUGUUAUUUGUAAUUUGUUUGUUCUCCUUAAAAGGCAGAUUGACUUUUGAGAGGUCGAUUGGAAAUAUCAAAAGAAAGUAAGUCAUGACGAAGUUAAAAAAAUUAUAAACAUCUUGAAAAGAAUAGAAUAUAAAGAGUAGUAUAUAAAAUUAACUGUACAUUUGAACACCGGAAAAUAAAGUAUUUCUGUAACUUUUUGAUGGAUGGUAUGAGUAUCAAAGGUAAUUUUUGUAACAAAUCCUUUUAGCAAUCAUUUCAAUAAUUACAUUUUUCAAUGUUUAUUUAUUUAUCUGAUUUUUACUUUUUCUAAACAUUAUGUAUUUGAAAUUAUUUAAUUUUCUACCAUUCCAAAUCUUAUAUGGACUGUCAACUUAUUAAUCACCAUCCAAUUUCAUUUUUUGAUAUGUUAUACAUAGCAACAAAAAAGUAAGCAAAUUUGUUUAUUUGUCUGUAUUCAUAUCAACAAAUUGUAUUGAUUUGUUAUAGACUCCUUACAGACAGCCUCCCUACAAAGAUACGAAGGAUUUACCAAUUGUCUAUACACAAAAAAAGUUCAUAAUAUCAUGGUCAUAAGCAGCAUUACUUUCGUAAGAUAAACAAGUUUAUACUUUGUUAAAAAGGUAUUAUAAUCAGUACACCAUGUUUAAACUAAGAUCUGUUCAUUAGAUAUUGAAUUGGUUUAUGAAUUCAUAACUAUCAUGAUGCUUUAUGGUGUCUGGGCCAUAGUUAAAAAUACAUAAUGUAACAAAUAACAAAUUUUGUACAAACAAUUGUAAUCAAGGAAUAUUUUAAACCUUGCACGAGUGUCCAAAAACAUUAAAAUGUCCUCCUGGAAUCUUCAAUGUCUUCACCAUAUCACCCAAUAUAAAAUAAAAUUAUUUAUCACGGUAUUAAAUUAUAAGUUUUAUUGUAGUGACUUGAUAAUGGAGUUUAUACUACUAAGUAUAUAUAAUGCUUUUAUCUAGUAUUUCUUUCUGUUUUUUAAACUUUGUGAUCCCUCACCAUAUCAUAGUAUUGUAUAUUUCAAUCAAACACCAAUGAUUAGUAUGUACUUUCAUUUUGAGAAUAGAAUUGUUACCACUCAAUAAAAAUAAGAUAAUUUAGUUAAUAAUUGUACUUUGUAAAUUAAGUAUUGUUGUAUGCUUAGAGUCUAGAAUGUGUUAGUCUAUUUAUUUUAUCACAGUUUUAUUUUACAUAGUUAUUAUUAUGGCAUUUUUAUAGAUUGUACUAGUUAGAAAAUCUUAUAAUUUAGACGGCCUGUUGUUACCUUCUUAAUUGUUAUUUUUUAAUCCAGCUAUUCAGAUCAAAAGUUUGUUUAAUUCCAAAAUUAAGGUUGGCUGCUCUUCUCAAUACAGAUUAUUGUUUGUAAAAAAAUGUUAAAUAAACUCCAUAUGCAUAAUAUGUAAAUGUGCAUUCGUUGAGGUAUAUGUAGGUAUUUAUAUUGUAGCAAUGUUGUAACAUACAUAUACAAUUUGUAUUGGUAGCAAUAUACAAUUAUUAUUAAUAUACAUGUAUAUUAAUUUUAAGUGCAUAUUAAAUUUUUUUUAAUAAUUAAAAUUAUUCUGAAAGCAAUAACUUGUAGUUAGAAUGUGAGACAAAAUCUAGAAAUUUAAAAAUUAAUAAACUAAUAACCAGUUUAACCUUCCGGUGACUUUAACUGAUCGUGCUAUAAAGAAAGCUUCUUCAGCAAAGGCACAAUACUUCAGUUAUGGCCAUAUAAUGGUUAAGAAUAUCAUUUAUAUUUAGUACAACAUAAAUGUAUACCUCAAAACUUUGUUUUGUAAAUGAAAAAUACAUGAGGCAUGGUGCAGUAGAGUCGCAUUUGCAAACCUUUCGGUCGAUUGAUACAAGAAAAAAUAUUAUGUUCAGGUGAAUACACCAAUCGAUACUGCGUACCUUAAAAGAUGUAUACAGGGUAUUAUCAUAUAUUCGAACAUCAUCCCAAAAUUUCACCAAGAGGCCUAAAUAAUUUAAACAUACUUUGAGUUAACUAGUAAACCUGUAAGUAAAUAAAAAAACAACUCUUAAAAUAUGUCUUGAAUACAUUUCUAUGUUAUUAUUACAAAUGAAAAUAAUAGUUUACAUGGUUCGAUAAAUAAGAUUAAAAUAUAAAAAAAUGACGAGAACCCUGAAAAUAUCUCAUUCCACAAAAAAUCCUUGAGCCGACUCUGCCAAUGAAAAGUGUGUCUGCAAAUGAUACCAUGCACAUACUAUCGUGUUCUAGGCUUUGUUCACACUUAUAUUGUCAGUGUUAAUACUACUGUAUUUCAGCAAUCAACCUCAUAAUAUUUUUUCAUCAAACGUCUGUUUAUUAAAAUAUUUAGACGUACUUCAAGACUUGAAUUUGCAUAUAGUUUUACAUGACUAAGUCAUUGAUAGUUAAAAUUAUUUAAGUGAAUUUUUAGGGGGUUAAGCGUGUUUGAAAUUAGCUACGCUGAACCUAAUUACCUUUACAAUGUUAUAUUAUUAUCAAGAAUCUACAGCUGUGUUAGGUAUUAUUCACAUUUACACAAUGUGAUUAACGAAUUCACUCUAUGCUCCCAUAACACUGUCAUCUGCCGAGAGUUGAAAGUAGUUUGCGUGCAUGUAGGUAUAGAUUGGGUUCGAGAUGAACAUCAUCUCAAAAUUUCACUAAGAGGCUUAAAUAAUUUAAACAUACUUUGAGUUAACUAGUAGGCCUGUAAGUAAAUAAAAAACAACUCUUAAAGUAUGUCUUGAAUACAUACAAAUUUGUUUUCCAACAUUUUGCGCUUUAUUUUGAAGAUUUCACAAAAUAUGUUUUGCACAUCAAAUAAUGUUGAUGCGCACUUUUGUGAUUUUUUUUAUUUUAAAAACGUAAAAGUGAUGUUUACAAAACACUCAUUCAAAUAAAGGUAACCAAGCCAUGCUCUUCUUUUUGUUUACGCAAGCUAUUUUUAGAUGUAGUCUGGUACUCCUAAUGAUAGUCUUUCUACUAAUAGUUCACUAUGCCAUGUAUAGUACCUGCAGUAUAGUAUGUAGUAUCUAUGUGUUUAUGCUUUUUUGACUGUAGUUCCUUGAUUUUUGAAAGCAAUGCUGUAGUUGAGUCACUUUUGAGCGUUUGUUGAUUCACUUUAAUUAAAAAUCAAAUAUAUUUGACAAUUGUUGAUUCUACGUUUUAA